CCCUCUGAUCAGAACCGGCCUCGCUGACGGCCAUGGCGGCCCGACUGCUCCCCCUCCUCCUCCCCCUCUUCCUGUUCGUCUCCAUGGUGAUGGGAGACGCUCAGCUCCUGUCCGGACAGCGGAUGAAGCCGCGCGUCCAGAGAGACAGACGCAACAUCCGGCCGAACAUCAUCCUCAUCCUGACGGACGACCAGGACGUGGAGCUCGGAUCCAUGCAGGCCAUGAACAAAACGCGCCGCAUCAUGGAGGAGGGCGGGACCUUCUUCUCCAACGCCUUCGUGACCACGCCCAUGUGCUGCCCGUCGCGUUCGAGCAUGCUCACUGGGAAGUACGUCCACAACCACAACACCUACACCAACAACGAGAACUGCUCGUCGUUGUCGUGGCAACGCCAGCACGAACCACGCACCUUCGGCGUCUACCUCAACAACACGGGAUACCGAACAGCGUUCUUCGGGAAGUACCUGAACGAGUACAACGGGUCGUACGUUCCUGCGGGAUGGAGGGAGUGGCUGGGCCUGGUGAAGAACAGCCGCUUCUACAACUACACACUGAGCCGCAACGGCGUCCGGGAGAAACACGGCGCGCAGUACCCUCAGGACUACCUGACCGACCUGAUCACAGCCGAGUCCAUCCGCUAUUUCCGCUCCUCGAAGCGGAUCUACCCACACCGGCCGUCCUGAUGGUUCUGAGCCACGCCGCGCCGCACGGACCCGAAGACUCGGCGCCGCAGUACAGCAACGCCUUCGCCAACGCAUCACA